GAGUGCGCGCCUCUGUAGAAUAUUCUGGGCAGCCUGUAUUACUGAAGCCUCUGAGGCUAAGCUGACGUCUCGUGAUGUCCUGUUCAGCCUGAUAUCUCUGUUUGAAGCUAAGUUCUGUUAAAAACCGUAACAAUGACACUCACACCUCUCGUUUACUGGGCUCAGCGCCACGAAGAAAUCUACCUGCGAGUGGAGCUGACUGACGCACAGAAUAUUGACGUCCAUGCGCAUGAAAAUGUCCUUCAUUUUAGAGCCCAGGGGCAUGGUGCGAAAGGACAAAAUGAUUACAACUUCAGCUUGGAGUUCUACUUACCAGUAAAGCCAGGGGUGAGCCACAAGUCCACACAGCGGCAGGUAAACAUCACAGUGCAGAAAGAGCAGCGAGGCUGGUGGGAAAGACUGACCACACAGGAGCGCAAACCUGUUUUCCUGGCACCUGACUUUGACCGCUGGCUGGACGAGUCAGACGCUGAGAUGGAGAUCCGGGAAAAGGAGGAGAAAAAGAACAGGCUGAAGACUUCAAGGCAAAAGAAGAGGGUGAGAUUUGUCAGCCUGAAAACAGGAUAUUUGUUCACGUAUAAUCUGGUGCAGUUUCUUGGUUCAUGGAUGUUUGUCAACAUGACUGUGCGCCUCUUUAUCUUCGGACAAGAUUCCCUCUACGACACGUAUCACACAAUGUCGGACGUGAUGUUCUUCUGCCAGACCCUGGCUGUAUUAGAGGUCCUCCAUGCUGCUUUUGGUGUGGUCCAGACAAGUUUUCCAACUCUUAUCCAGGUGGUUGCAAGGAAUUUCGUCCUCUUCAUCAUUUUUGGUAGUCUGGAGGAAAUGCACAAUCGGCCAGUUGUGUUCUUUGUUUUCUAUCUGUGGAGCAUCAUCGAGAUUUUUAGGUAUUCAUUUUACAUGCUGGGCUGUUUUAAUACAGAGUGGAAACCCCUCACUUGGCUGCGGUACACCAUCUGGAUGCCCCUGUAUCCGUUAGGUGCUUUAUCUGAAGCUGUUGCGGUGAUACAAUCCAUUCCCAUCUUUGACAAAACAAAACUCUUGAGCAUUCCUCUUCCGAAAGCCAUCGGUACCUCCGUCAGCUUCUCUUACUUCUUGUACGUCUAUCUUGCUCUGCUGUUUUUGGGUAAGAUUUUCUCUCAAUUUGCGGCAUCUUACAAGCAGAGGACGAGGCGUUUCCGUACCAAAAAGAGGAAAGCAAACUGAGGUUCAGCACCGACAACAUUCCUCAAACACCUGUGUUGCCUAUUCUGGAAUUUUUUGUAAUGAUGGUCAUGA